CGUGUGAGCGCCCGGUGGAUACACAGUUUGUUGUGGUUUUGUGUUGCAUAGAAACCUGUGAGUUUAGCGACAAAAACGUGUUGUUUUGACAGUUUUAACGUGUUAUAAUCCACCCGCAAUGAGUCUGUCUUUAAGGACUGAUGUGGCUGCGGACAAAACAAAACGCAAGAAGAGGAGAGAGCUGAGCGAGGAUCAGAAGCAUGAAAUCAAAGAAGCGUUCGAGCUGUUCGACACCGACAAAGACAAAGAAAUCGACUAUCACGAGCUCAAGGUGGCGAUGCGUGCGCUCGGCUUUGAGGUGAAGAAAGUCGACGUUUUGAAGAUCCUUAAAGAUUACGACAGAGAGGGGAACGGAAAGAUCACUUUGGAGGAUUUCAAUGAAGUCGUGACCGACCGGAUCCUGGAGCGAGACCCGAGAGAGGAGGUCCUGAAAGCCUUCAAGCUGUUCGAUGAUGACGAGUCGGGGAAGAUCAGCCUGAGGAACCUGAGGAGAGUCGCUCGAGAGCUCGGUGAGAACAUCAGCGACGACGAGCUGCGAGGCAUGAUCGACGAGUUCGACGGGGACGGAGACGGAGAGAUAAAUCAGGAGGAGUUCCUCUCCAUCAUGACCGGAGACUCCUGAGGAGAUUCAAAGAAGCUGAGGACGUCUGCAGCUGAUUGGUCGUCUACAGUGACUGAAAAGUGUGUGUGGAGGAACAUGAGACAGAUAUGGACUGAAACGACUCUUUGGCCUUUUCAUUCACACUUCAUUCAUUACUUUAAAGCGUGUCUGAAGUGCUCUGUUGACAUCAAGUGUUGUUGACUUUUAUAUGAUUAUAUCUUCAUAAAAACUUCAGCAAACCUUAAAGAAUUCAGACUGAGAGACGUGCGGUGUUAGGGUAGUUGAUUUACUUGUGAUGAUUUGUGUAGGACAAACGUAUUGUUGAGUCUUUAAGUUUCACACAUUUCAUUCUGGAGGUUUUUUGACUGCUUGUUUUUGAAGUUUUCAUAACGUGAAUGUUUCAAUGUGCUAUUUAUUUUGUAUGAAAAUAAAUCGUUUUGCCAAGAA